UUUUGAAUAAUUUUAGUAAUACUCUGGUAUAUAUUUAAAUGUAUAUAUAUUUAAAUACUCUUAAUAAUUUGUACUGUACCUCUGCAGGAAGGAUUACAAGAGGUGUCUGGGGUAUUAUUGGUAAACAACUCCUCAGAUGAUGUCAGAGGCUUAGUGAUGAAGAGGUUUAUCACGUUCCAUGGUGUCUGCGUGUUAGUCAUUUACUCCACACACCUGUCAAUGCUUAAGAGAGCUGUGGACCUAAGAGAGAAUACCUAACAAAAGUUAUUUGUUGGUGCGUUUUGGUGAAAAUGAACACUCUGGAGGAUGUCCCUUUUCAGACCCUACUGGGUCCACUGGAGGAGGAAGUGCAGCUCGUGACAGCUCCGGACAUCACUAUACCAAGCUGCCAUCGGAUACUGCGAGACACUGAGUAUGGAUUCAACCUGGAGAAAUGGAUUUUAUCUUGGCAGCAGCCAGCCCGUCAGGCCCCAUCCUGCCCCCCCUACUGGCUGAUGUUCAGCAGCCCUCAGGAGAGUCGCAGGACCAAUCGCAGGAACAGCGACACGUGGACCCCGAGCCCUCGGCCCCGCAGUCACAGCCUGAACUCUGUAGACACUCGCUGGCUGCACCAUCGCACUGCCAAGUUCCUCAUAUCUGACUCUGAGGAUGAAGAUGGUUACUUUGAUGAUAAUGAAGGCUCCUCCACUGAAGAUGCACGUCACCCCAUCAAGAGCAGAGAGCGGCCCCGGAGCGCUGCACCCAAAGACCCACUCUCCAGAGUCAAAGACAUGCACCUUGGUCCUUCGACUCACCACUGUAAGCCUGACUCACCCCGGAGCCUCAGAGCCCACAGAGGCACUUUAUCUUCUCCCCAAGACUGCAGACGAGCACUGGAGCAGCACAGGUCACAGCAGGCCAGCCCUAUCCCUCAAGGGCAGAAUAAAAGCAAAAAGAGGCAGCGUUCACUGGGCCCUGUGGGCAGAAAGUACUCCCAAAACACACCACCUGCUCGUCCCUCUCCAUGCAGGAUGCAGCAGCAACGACCCUCCUCGGCAGGGCCUGUUUUAAAAAACCGUAGACAGGCCCUGAGGACUGGUGGCUCUCCUGGGGUUUUCUUCGAUUCAGCAGCAGAGUUGUUGUCAGCACUCAGCCAGGAAGAGAGGGAGCUACUUGAAACCAUCACAGAGAGGGGAUACCCUUUACGCACAGCUAUUCUGGCUCUGCAGAAGACAUGUUAUCACAACCCAGAGAAGAUCCUAAAAUACCUGGUGGCCAGUGACCAUCUGUGUGAGCUGGGUUACGAUGAAGCACAGGUGGAGGAGGCCUUGGAGAUGUUUCAGAACUGUGAGAGCAAGGCUGCUGAGUUCCUGCGCCUUCUGACUCAGUUUAAUGAGAUGGGCUUCCAGCAAAGUGCAAUCAAAGAAGUGCUGCUAGUUCAUGAAAAUAACCGUGAGAGGGCUCUUGAAGAACUCAUGACACGCAUGGCUUAAAACAGAACAUCCUCCCAUUUCUAGUCUGCAUGAAGAAAGGAUUAUUUUCACACCUACAGUAUGUGAAAUGUACUCAAGAUACAGUAUGUGGUCAAAAUGGAACAGAUACUGCCUUGGACUCAGUUGACAAAAGCUUUGCAACACAACCAUAAGGGCUAAAAAGAAAACAUUCAGGUAUGAUUAAAAAAAUUACACAAGAUAAACAGGUUAUCGUAGGACUUAGUAAGGAUGAACGCUUUUUUAAAAAGAUUUAUUUACAGCUUGAUUUUAAAAAAGCACUCAAAAUAUUUAGUUUCUGAAGAGCAAAUGUAGCUGUCAUUCCAGCUGGAGGAAGAAAAUCAUGGUGCAUUGGCUAACUGCUACAGUACAAAAACAACGUAGUGCUCUAGAUAUGGUUAAUAAUGUUUCACUUAAAAGGCUGUACCCCCAAAAGAAAAAUGUCAA